CUAAUAGUUCCAAUCCAAUUCAAAACAACURGACAAGACAUAAACRGAAUGUGUAGGCCCCCCAACGCCCCGGARAAGCUCGUAGAGCCAAAAAGAAAAGAAAUAGAACGAGAAAAACMAAAUAGAGAUGUURCGUCUACACCAACGAUCGUCGCUGUGACUGCUACAUUUAUUGGAGGUUAUAGCUUGGGCGUCAACGACACAGAUAUUCGCGUCACYUUAUUGAUUGGUUCGUGUGGAGUUCUCAUCUGCACAGUCCUUGUCAACUUUAACAAUCUACAGCGAUAUUUCGCUCCAUUCUUUCGAUGGAUGUCCCAAAAAACAUCAUAUUCAUCUACGUCACUGGGGAGAAUGGCUUCGAAAAGUAGCGGCACUGCAUUGUCGACUCUCUCACGCGUGACGUCGGUKGACGCCAUCAAGAACAUUUCCAAGAACUUUCUUAGUACAAUAGACUGUUCAAGUACUCUUCGUUCUGCCAUACAAUCGAUUACGCGAAAAGAAUGUUUCACAAGGUUAGACUAUAUCGAACGCCUCUCAAUUAACGAUGUCUCGAUUCUCUUUCGAUACGCUACUAAUGCCAACAUAGAGGGUUUCGAAAAGACUUUAUUUCUUGACGAUCAAAACAUGAUCGUCCGAUCCGUCAUUAAUGCCAUAGAUAUGGCAGUAAAGGUCUCUCGUGGGUCUCUYUCAGAUGGCACCAAACCGGUAUCAAAAACAGAAGGGAGAGAAGGAGAUUUAGACGUUUUACUCUUUGUGGCAGUUGUUCGCAUCUUUGCUGAAUGGAGAAAUCUAAGAAUGGUACCAAAAGGCUACCAAAGGUACGCAAUCAAUAUAAGCUUGGCAUACCGAGAUGUGUUGCAAAAUCUGGAAAAAAUCGAGAGAGGUGUUCAUCAGUAUUUAAGACACCACCAAAGUUUGAGGGAAGGAGACAGCAAAACCUCCGCGUUGCCAAUUUCUUCGCCUACCAUACGACAGCUGCUUCAAUUUGAAUUGGAGACAGAACUUCAUAAAAAACUUCCGCGUCUAAGAGAUCCGUCUGCUGCAUCCGGAAUACUCUGGACCAAGCGACAACUCCACUAUCAAACAGCACUUUUGGCCAAUUUUUUGGAAAUACCACAGUGUUACCUUACUCCAAAGGAUGCUGCGACAGCAGCAUAUCACAUAGUCUACAAUGAUUACCAUGGUUGGGCUGUAAAAGGGAUAUUCACUCAUUCGYUCGGUGGCUCGCCUCCUCUGGAUAAGGUCUGGUUGGCGAUCCGUCCACCAACAAAUAUGCCUGUUGAUAGGAAACGCAAGUAUCAGACUUGUGGCAAAUCAUGCGAUUCCAACGAACGUUCAAGCAAUUACCCUCCUUCUCUCCGUCCGACUUCGGAUCUCAACAGCGCUUCCAUCAGGUCCAACUCUUUUUCAGAUUCAUUGGGGGACAAGGAAGACGACAACGGUUUAUUAGCAGCAUUGGACAACUUUAGAGACGAAAUCGUCGAGAAAUGGGAUGACUUGCUCCGAAUGUUCAAUUGCGGGAAGGAAGAAAAAAAGAAGCGCAUGCAAAACUUGAUCCUAUCGAGUGAAAGCCACUUUAAUCUACACCAGAUGAAUACAGAAAUGGUUGAGACGUCACUUCAAAAUUCCUCAAGCACGGAUAGCUCAGAUAUCAACUCAGUAGUGACUAGCUCUACAGUCGCUUCUUCUUCUUCGUCUUCUACGGCUAGUACCUCUCUUUCUCGACAGCAAGUUAACAACCAUUUGAUACAACAGUCGAAGAGGGACGCCGAAGAUUUUGUUCGAAAUGUUAUGCCCAUGGUUGCCGAUCUAGGGAGAUUGAUGGACGAGCUGAAUAUGAAUGAUCCAACCAAGGCUUGAUGAUAGAUUAGAAAAGAAGUUGGGAUUGUUUGGUACKACGAAUGAAGCGUACUUGUAUUAUCAGCAUAGUUCAUAAAGCAUACUUUAAGUA